AUGGAUCCAAAGCAGAAGUUCUACCGUCAUUUCCAUGACAGCGUCGCAGAGCUGCAAGAGCAAAUAGAUGGGCUGGAGUCUGUAUCCGCCGUCGCUGGCGAACGGCAAGAAGCUAUUGAUCAUGUUCUCGCUGGCAUAAGCAAGCUCCAACACGAGGUGUCUGAUGCGGCAGAGUUCACUCCCGCGUAUGAUCGGAAGCAGUUCUCAGAUACCGUCAAGAGCCUCUCCGAUAAGCUCAACAAAACCGUGGCCAGAGUCAAACCGAGAUCUCGUUUCCAGUUCCAACGCUCCAGCAUUGGAGCACACGUCGACAUGGGCGCGCCGGAAAAUGACCCCCGCUUACAUCCAGGCAGUCUGUCUCGAAACAUGCAGAGCCAUUCUGGUGAGAAACGACGUCAAGGAGCCACGGAGAGCGACGACACAGUCGGCGAUCUGCCUUCUGCUGCAGCGAUACGCGACUAUAAUGCGGAGCUCUCUCAGCCCAGUACGCAGUCCAUUAGGAAACCCAGCUUCUCGAUGGCGAGGAACAUCGGCAUCGCCAAUCAGUCCCACCUGCACAUCAUUCUCCCAUCCUCUACGGCAAGGGCUACUGCGCCGGGUAGUUUGACGGAUUUGAAAUGGUGCAUUGUCGAUAUGUCCGUUCCUACGGCGCAGGGGCAGCCGCUUCCAGGAUUGGCGUUGAGGAACAUCUCAAACAGUCUCAUUGUUGCUGGCCAUGUCAACGGGCCAGUUCACAUUACGGGUGUGACGGAUAGUAUUGUUGUGGUUACGGCACGACAGGUUCGUAUUCACGAGUGCAAGAACGUAGACAUCUACCUGCACUGUACCAGUCAUCCUAUCAUUGAAGACUGCACGGGCAUGCGGUUUGCACGACUACCCAAGUGCUAUUCAAUUGAAGGCGAGUCGUCAAAGGAGAACCAGUGGGACCAAGUUGAUGACUUCAAAUGGCUCAAGGCUGGUCAGAGUCCAAACUGGACUACAUUGUCAGACACCGAGGCUUUGGAUGAGGCAUUAUGGACCAAGGUUGUGCCUGGUCAGCCAGGCGUAAGUGUUGAAGAAACGCUGAAAAUGGUUGGCAUACCGCGCAAGUAA